AUGAGUCAAUCACUGUCUGUGCCGCCAUAUUUUGACGGAAGCAACUAUGCCUACUGGAAGGUUAGGAUGCGUGCUUUUCUUAAGUCCUUAGAUGAACGUGUUUGGGUGAGCAUACAAAAUGGUUGGAAACCUCUUUCUACAACUGUGUCAGGUGUUGUCAAUCUAACUGAAUUUAGGAGAGUAUCAAUGUGUGAAACUACAAAAGAGGCAUGGGACAUUCUAGAGACUACGCAUGAGGGAACUAAAACUGUAAAAAAUUCAAAAUUGCAAAUGCUAACCUCAAGGUUUGAAGAAAUCAGGAUGAAGGAUGAUGAAUCUUUUGAUGAGUUCUAUGCCAAAUUGAAUGACAUUGUUAACUCUAGUUUCAACCUAGGUGAAAGGAUUCCCGAGCCCAAAAUUGUGAGAAAGGUUCUUAGAUCCUUGCCCGAGAGAUUUAGACCUAAAGUUACAGCUAUUGAAGAAAGCAAGGAUCUAGAUACAAUUAAGAUAGAAGAACUCGUAGGAUCCCUUCAAAUCUAUGAACUCGCCAUUUCACAACCAAGGAAAAACAAGUCCAUAGCCCUGAACACUGUUAGGGAAGGGGAGUUCGAGUCCUUUGACAUGGAAACUCUUAAAGAUGAGGAGAUUGCUUACUUUGUGAAAAAAUUCCAAAAAGUCUUAAAGGGCAAAAAAUGGCCUCAAGAGAAAAGGAGAGGAGUCCCUAGUAAAUUGCAAAUAGAGAAGGAUGAUAAAUCAACUGCUGGGAACCCUGGUAAGAAAUCUCAAGGGGUUAGGUGUCAUGAGUGUCAGGGAUUUGGGCACUAUACAAAUGAAUGCCCUAGCUUUAAGAAAAAUCUAAAGAAGGGGAGUAGGAAGGCAUUAACUGUGUCCUUGACUGAUGAUGAUUCUAAUUUAAGUGAACAAAGUGAUUCCUCAAGCAGUGAGGAGGAAAAGGGCUAUAUGGCCUUUGUAUCUACUAUCAAGAGCGAGUCAGAUAAGGAGAGUGAGAAGGUCGUGGAGGAAGUAGAGAGAAAGUCUCAAGAUCAAAAAAUAAAUAACGCCCUAUUUAAAAAGGUAGACGAGCUUGAGAGAAAGAAGGAGAAAAUCACCUAUGAUCUUCAAGUCUCAUCUAAGAAUCUCAGUGAGUUAAAGUGUGUCAAUGAGAAAUUAGAGGACAGGGUCAAGACACUGACCUGUGAAUUAGAGAAAUCCAACACUCAACUACAAUCAUUUGUGAGUGGAACUAAGAAACUAGACGAUCUGUUAGGAAUGAACAAACCAGCUGGAAAUAAGCAAGGUCUAGAAUUUGUGAAGAGUGAUAGCAAUGUGUCUAGUUUAUCAAAGACCACAUUUGUCCCCGCUUCCAACAAAUCCAAUGUUUCAGCAAAUCCAGAAUCCAAAGACAAAAAUUUUAAUGGACUGAAGGCGACUAGAGCUCAUAAGAUUUCUACACCUAAUUUUCAUAAUCAAUACUCACGUACAUCUUAA